GCCACACUGUUAUCAUCGUCCAAAAAAAGUAGAACGCUCCGGCGUCGCGAAAAUACUUUAAAAUUCAUCCCCACAGGAAUAUGGUUCGCGGAGCUCUCCGAGGAGGACGCCCCAUGCGCGGGGGCAUCCGUCCACCGUUCAAGAAAACCUUUGUGCCACGCCAUCCAUUCGAUUUGACCCUGGCUGAGGUUUUCUUUCCGAAGGUUCCACUCGCCGGUGCUGUUGACGACUCGGCUUUGACUGCGGCCUUACUGAAGCGUAACCAGGACCUGAGUCCCACUCCUAGCGAGCAGACGGCCAUCGGAAAUCUAGUAACCAAGGUGCAAGCUGUGCUGGACAAUCUGGUGGUGGCCCCCGGUGAUCUGACCACUUGUCAACUUGAGGAGGUGCGCCAGGUUGGCUCCUUUAAAAAGGGUACAAUUCUGACCGGCAAUAAUGUGGCCGACGUGGUGGUCAUUUUGAAGACCCUGCCCACCAAGGAGUCGGUCGAUGCCCUGGCCAAGAAGGUGGAGGCCGACCUUAAGGCCAGCAUGAAGACCGAGGUACUUACCAAAGGCGACCAGCACACUGUUCAGGUCCACGACCGCGGCUUUGACAUCGCAAAUGUGCACGCCAAGGUGCGCAUUUUAAUCGCCACCUUGCCGCAGAAUCUGCGCAAGCUUGAGCCCGAGACUCACUUGGAUCAUAAGCUUAUGCAGAGCCAUCUUGCUGCCAUCCGCCACACUCGUUGGUUCGAGGAGAACGCUCACCACUCCUCGAUCAAGGUGCUUAUUCGUAUUCUUAAGGAUCUCACCAGGCGCUUUGAUGCUUUUUCACCUUUGUCAGCAUGGAUGCUCGACCUCAUCGCUCACCUGGCCAUUAUGAACAAUCCGUCGCGCCAGGCACUGCCCAUAAAUUUGGCCUUCCGUCGCGUCUUCCAGCUGCUCUCCGCUGGACUCUUUUUGCCCGGCUCAGCUGGCAUCACAGAUCCCACCGAACCGGGACACAUCCGAGUGCACACUGCCAUGACGCUGGAGCAACAGGAUGUGUGUUGCUACACGUCGCAAACGUUACUCCGCGUGCUGGCCCACGGCGGGUACAAACACAUUCUUGGACUCGAGGGCAACACAAGCAUCGUGCGUGAAAUGUCCGUAUGGAACGGCGUGUGUGUUUCUCCAUUAACCGCUGUCUACGAAAAACCCACUGACAAAAAGGAGGGCGACCUCGAGGAGGAUAUCGAAAUGAUCGAGAAUGAGAAUGAAGAUGACGGCAGCGACGAUGGAGCAGAGUAAAACUUCGCAGGCUAUUCAUUUACAUUUGUAUUUCAUAUUGCACAUCAAGUAUUUUUCAAAACCUUUAACUUAAAGGAUUAUACUACUCCCAAGUAUGGGUUCAUCCUCACCAA